CGGGGCUAUUAGCUAGGUCCGACCAAACCAGCAUUGAGAUGUUUUCUAUUGGAGAUCACAUUCUAGCGAUUCAAGGUCAUCCUGAGUACACAAUGGACAUACUCUUCAAUCUUGUAGAAAGACUCAGAAACCAGAAUGAGAUUGAGAGUGAUUUUGUGGAGGACUUAAAGGCCAGAUUGGAGUCUGCUGAACCUGAGAGGGAGGUUUGGAAAAAGAUUUGCAAGAAUUUCCUCAACCGACGAUUGACUCGUGAAUCUUCGAAAUUUAUCAUGGUGGAGGAUGUAUGAAGGGUCUCUCUCCACGUUGGGCUUGAUCCCAUUACAAUGCAAAACGAUGUUGUCAUCUAGUGCUAUCCUUGAUUUUGCACGUCUAUCUGUUUUCAUGAUUAGUCUUUGAUAAUCUUUAUUUGGAAAAGUAAUUUUUGCGUCUCGGGACGCAUUUCUGUUCUUGGAGAUGGAUGUUACGAAAUGACAACCCUAGAAAUUGUUAAAGUCAAUGCUAUCAAAAUUAUCAUCA